AUGGGCACCACCCCGUUCCACCAUUCCAUCCUCGAGGUCCGGCUGCCGAAGCACUUCGACAAGCCGACGGACAUGAGGUACGACGGGACUCAAGACCCCCUAGAACACGUCACUGCCUUUGAAGCGAGGAUGAAUCUAGAGGGAGUAGGGGACGAGGUGAGGUGCCGAGCUUUCCCGGUAACCCUCGCGGGACCCGCGAUCAGAUGGUUCAACGGCUUACCUCAGGGAUCCAUCCACGGUUUCACGGACAUCAGUCGUGCAUUCCUCGCCCAGUUUACAACGCGAAUAGCAAAGGCAAAGCAUCCGAUAAACCUUCUGGGGGUAACCCAGAGGCAGGGAGAGUCGACCAGAAAAUACCUGGAUCGGUUCAACGACGAGUGCUUGGAAAUCGACGGCCUAACCGAUUCGGUAGCUAGCCUUUGUCUGACGAACGGCCUCCUCAACGAAAACUUUCGCAAACACCUCACCACGAAACCGGUUUGGACGAUGCACGAGAUCCAGACGGUUGCUAAAGAAUACAUAAACGAUGAGGAAGUCAGCCGAGUCGUGGCUGCCAAUAAACGGCAGUCCGGCUACCCCCAAUCUCGACAGCCUGGUAACGGAGAAAGACCGAAAGAACAAACCAGGGUGGAGGCGCCGAACAAGGCUCCCAGGUCGUUCCCCCGGGUCGGGAAAUUCGCCAACUACACACCACUCACUCUUCCCAUCAUGGAGGUUUAUCAGCAAAUAGCUGAGAAGGGGAUCCUACCGAAGCCCCGACCACUUAAGGACCGGACGGGAGGAAACAAGAACCUCUAUUGCGACUAUCACAAGGGCUACGGCCACCAAACGCAGGACUGCUUUGACCUGAAAGAUGCACUGGAACAAGCGAUAAGGGAAGGCAAGCUAGCAGAAUUCUCCCAUCUUAUCAGAGAGCCGAGGAGACGCUAUCGCGACCAAGACGAAGAAGCCAAAACCCGUUCGGCAAAGCGGCGACAAGAGCCAGAAGAUAGAGACCACGGCCUCACUGUGAUAAACGUAGUGACAGCCAAAAACACCGCGCCAAAGUCCCGAUCAGCGUACAAGAAGGAUGCUAAGGUCUUAGCGGUCUCCUCCUCGUUGGCGCGAAACCCUAAGAAGUUUCCGUCCAUUUCUUUCGGCCCGGAAGACAAAUGGUUUGACGAUGCCCCGGAAAGCCCCCCCAUGGUCAUCACGGCCAGAGUGGGAACCGGCCUCGUUAAACGCAUCCUUGUCGACACAGGGGCUGAUUCAAACAUCAUGUUCCGCAACGUAUUCGACGCACUGGGGCUUAGGGACGCCGAUCUGACGACCCAUCAACACGGGGUCAUUGGAUUAGGCGACAACUUCAUUAAACCUGACGGAGUAAUAUCCCUACCGAUCUCGGUAGGACAGAACCAAGGUCGAAGGUCGACAAUGGCCGAGUUCGUGAUCCUCCGAGAUUCCACUGCCUAUAACAUCAUCUUGGGAAGGAAAACGAUAAACGAUGUGGAAGCGGUAAUCAGCACGAAGCUGCUGAUCAUGAAGUUCGUUACUGAUGAAGGAUCAAUAGGGUCCAUAAGAGGGGAUCUCGAGACGGCGGUCGCCUGCGACAAUGCCAGCCUCUCCCUGAGAAAGAAAUCAAAGGAGGCGUCUGGUGUGUUCCUGGCUGACCUGGACGCCAGGGUAGACGACAAACCUAGACCGGAACCAGAAGGGGACCUGGAGAAAUUCAGAAUCGGCGACACGGAGGAGAAAUUUACGUUCAUUAACAAGAACCUCCCACAAGAGUUAAAGGAGCCCUUGAUCGAGAUGAUAAGGGCCAAUAGGGAUUUGUUUGCCUGGACACCUGCCGACAUGCCGGGUAUAGACCCGGAAAUCAUGUCACAUCAUCUGACCGUCAGGCCGGGAGCACGCCCGGUGACGCAACGCAGAAGAAAGAUGUCGACAGAAAGGGCGGAGGAAGUGGCCAAGCAAACGGCCAGCCUCCUAGAAGCAGGUUUCAUACGAGAAGUUGACUACUCGACGUGGCUCUCAAAUGUUAUCCUAGUGAAAAAGCACAACGGCAAAUGGAGAAUGUGCGUGGACUACUCUGACCUUAACAAGGCAUGCCCAAAGGAUUGUUUCCCCCUCCCCAACAUAGACGCGCUGGUCGACGCUGCGGCGGGCUACCGUUACCUGAGCUUCAUGGACGCAUACUCCGGGUAUAACCAGAUACCGAUGCACCGACCAGACGAGGAUAAAACGGCGUUUAUAACGCCAGGGGGAACCUUCUGCUACAAGGUGAUGCCGUUCGGCCUAAAAAACGCAGGAGCGACAUACCAAAGGCUGAUGAGCAAGAUAUUCCGGGAUCUUAUAGGCAAAACGGUGGAAGUCUACGUCGACGAUGUCCUCGCGAAAACAACGCGAUCAGACGACCUCCUGGAGGAUCUGGAGAACAGAGGGGUAGAGGCCAACCCAGAGAAAUGCCAGGCGGUACUCCAGAUGAAGAGCCCAGGUUGCAUUAAGGACGUCCAGAGAUUGGCGGGGCGGCUGACCUCGUUAUCCCGGUUUCUCGGAGCGUCGGCAGCAAAAGCCUUGCCAUUCUUUAACCUCAUGAAAAAGGGGAUGGCGUUCGAGUGGACACCUGCAUGUGAGGAAGCUUUUCAACACUUCAAGGAAAUCCUGGCGGCACCACCUGUGCUGGGGAAGCCAAAGGACGGAGAGCCGCUAUACCUGUACCUCGCCAUAACAGGAGAAGCCCUGGCCGCAGUUUUGGUGCGGGAAGAAGGGAGGGCUCAACAACCGGUCUAUUUCAUAAGUAGAGCCCUGCAAGGGGCAGAGUUAAGGUAUAGCAAGCUAGAAAAGCUAGCUUUGGCGCUCUUGACCUCCUCACGAAGGUUGAAGCAAUACUUCCAAAGUCACCAGGUUGUCGUGAGAACGGACCAAGGGAUCCGACAAGUACUUCAAAAACCCGACUUAGCGGGGAGAAUGAUGACUUGGUCCAUUGAACUCUCCCAAUACGACAUACGGUACGAACCCCGGCAAGCCAUCAAGGCGCAGGCGAUGGCAGAUUUUCUGGUGGAAGUAACUGGGGACCCAACCGAAAAAGCGAGCACACGGUGGAAACUCCAUGUGGACGGAGCUUCCAACCAGACGUUUGGAGGCGCCGGGAUCAUCCUAGAAAGCCCGGUUGGAGUCGUAUACGAACAGUCGAUCAGGUUCGAAUUUCCCGUUUCGAACAACCAGGCAGAAUACGAAGCUCUUAUAGGGGGUUUGACCCUAGCAGCAGAAGUCGGGACAACAAGGCUAGAAAUAUGCAGCGAUUCUCAGGUCAUCACCUCCCAGGUAAACGGGAGCUACCAAGCCAAAGACCCGCUAUUACAAAAGUACUUGGAGAAGGUCAAAAGCUUAAGCCAAAAGUUUGAGGAGGUCACGGUCCACCACGUGCCUAGAGAAAGGAACACACGGGCAGACCUCCUAUCAAAGUUGGCCAGCACUAAACCGGGAGAAGGGAACCGAUCUCUUAUCCAAGGUAUGGCGAGAGAGCCGGCAGUCACCCUGCACGUGACAAAACUGAGCCCUUCAUGGCUAGACCCCAUCACUAGUUUCCUGGAAAACGGUAAACUCCCUGACGACGAGAAGGACGCGGCGAAACUGAGAAGGGAAGCAGCCAAAUACGCCGUCAUCCAAGGACAGCUGUUUAGGAAAGGGCUCAACCAACCCCUAUUAAAGUGCUUACACCCCGACCAAACGGACUACGUCCUCAGGGAAGUCCAUGAAGGCUGCUGCGGACACCACAUAGGAGGCAAGGCCCUAGCAAGAAAAUUAGUUCGAGCCGGAUAUUAUUGGCCGUCAAUGAUGGCAGACUCCAAAGAGUUCGUCAAAAAAUGCGUCAAGUGCCAAGAAAAUGCCAAUUUUCACAGGGCACCGGCCUCCGAGUUAAGCUUGUUAACGUCCUCCCGGCCAUUCUCUCAAUGGGGAAUCGACCUCUUGGGACCCUUCCCUGUUGGUCCCGGGCAAGUCAAGUACCUCAUAGUUGCCAUUGAUUACUACACCAAAUGGAUAGAAGCUGAACCGCUAGCUAGCAUAUCCUCAUCUAAUUGCAGAAAGUUCUUGUGGAGGCAGGUAAUAACGCGAUUCGGGGUCCCGGAAGUCGUCAUCUCGGACAAUGGCACGCAAUUUACCGACAAAAAGUUCACGGAAUUUCUCGCCGGCCUGGGUAUAAGACAGAGAUUCUCCUCCGUGGAACACCCCCAGACAAAUGGGCAGGUGGAGUCCGCGAACAAGAUCAUCCUUUUAGGGCUAAAAAAGCGUUUAGAAAACAAAAAGGGGGCUUGGGCCGACGAGCUAGCCUCGGUACUUUGGUCUUACCGAACAACCGAACAAUCUUCCACUAAAGAGACCCCCUUCCGGCUAACAUACGGGUUGGAUGCGGUAAUACCCGUAGAGAUCGGGGAGCCGAGCCCCCGGCUACUUUUGAAGGGAGUAGAGAAAGCCGUGGAAAAGGACUUGAUAGAUGAAGUCAGAGAAAUGGCCCAUUUGACAGAAACCGCACUGAAACAAAGAAUGGCCCUACGCUACAACACCAAAGUGCUCAAAAGGGAGUUCAGACCAAACGACCUCGUCCUGAGGCGAAACGACAUCGGCCCACCGACCCCUGGAGAGGGCAAGCUGGCGGCAAACUGGGAAGGCCCCUAUAGAAUCAAAAAAGAGAUGGGUAGGGGCGCGUUCAAGUUGGAAAGGCUCGAUGGUAAGGAAAUCCCAAGGACAUGGAACGCGAACAACUUGAGAAGGUUCUACUCCUGA